UCCAUUCUUCCUCCUCUUUCGUUACCUUCGCGCCGCCGAGAGACAGAGAGAAAAAUGGGGAAAAGGGCGAAAACUUCAAGGAAAGGGAAAAAAGCAUGGAGGGCUAACAUAAGCACUGAGGACAUUGAAGAUUUCUUCGAGCAAACUACCAAAGAUGCUCUCUCCGGCGGCAAUCUCUCCGCUGCUCCCAGCGAGGAUCUCUUUCACGUCAAUAAAUCCCAUGACCUUCCGGUGAAGCGAAAGAUUGAGAAACAUAGAAAGAAAGUGCUCCGGUGUGACAGUGUUUUGAAGAAGAACCCAUUUGUCCAGGCAGUGUCAUCUUCGAAGCCAAAGUUGAAGAAAACUAAGAAGACAACAAUCGUUACAGAAGACAAAACACCUAAACAAGUUAUAAAGAAUGCUGGUGAUGAUUCUGUGAUGGUGGACUUGUGGGAUAAUGAUAAUAAAGGAGAACAUGAGAGCAACCCUAGAAAGGUUUUCAAGAACCCUUCAAUUAUUCCAGCAGUAGAAGUUGAACCUCCAGGAUGCUCAUACAACCCUACGGCUGAAAGUCACCAGGAUAUGUUGGCUGAAGCCGUUGCUCAAGAAAUGCAGAAAGUUUACAAAACUGAGCUAGGGCCUGCACCUGUUCCUUUGACUAUCGAAGGAGAUGAAAUUGAUGAAGAUGAGGCGAGUCCUUUUCUUAUACGUAAUAAAGUAGUCAAUGGAAAGAUGAGGUACUUUCUUGGAGUGGACAAAAAUACUGGUGAAAGUGAAGAUGAAGAUGAUGAAGACGUUGAGAAAGAAGUGUCAGAGGCUGGCAUCAAUUUCGCAAGAAAAACAAAGAGGGUUACCCGUGUGGAAUUAAAUAAACGGUGUAGGCAAAAGGCACUGCGAAAAAAAGAGAUAAAGGAAAAGGCUAAAGUGAAGAUAUCAAAAGAAAUUGACAGCUUACCCAAUAUCUUAGAAGAUAUAGCCCAAGAAGAUGAGGCCAAACAGAAUAAGCAUUUACGACGGGUCAUCGCCAAGCAGGAAGUGCUGAAGAUACGUCCUCCUCGGUUGGGAAAGUACAAAUUUGAGGCUCCUCCAGUUCAAGUCCUCUUGACAGAAGAGAUGACUGGGUCACUUCGUAAACUGAAGGCAUGUUGCACUCUUGCAAGAGAUCGAUUCAAGAGCCUUGAGAAACGAGGAAUACUUGUUCCCUCAAAGAACAUUAGAAGGUUUUAGGAACUCUUCUCACUGUCUGCAGCAUGUCUCAAACAAGCUUUUGAUAGAAUACAACAACAAUACUGUCUUAAUCCACUCAUAUGUGUUGUGUUUUCAUGUUAUCAAAUUUUAAGUUUAUGAAAAAGAAAAACAAAAGAUUUUGCCACCAAUUUAAUCGCUCAGGAGUAAUUGUCCGGAGUCCGUGAUUCA